CAUCAGAGCUAGUUAUGCUAAACGUCAUCCCAAUCUGACAGGACGUAAACAAACGGCAUACAUCCACGUAUUGGUCCGGGAUGGGAAAAUAAUCCAUGAGAAAAAUAGCUCUCUUGUUCAACAGUAUGCAAAAGCGAUGUUAUCGCCGAAUUAAGUGUAAUGGAAACGAGUUUAUACCGCACCGUGUGAAUGCGUAGUUUGCAGACUGCGUGUGAGCUUGUGUUCCGCGUUUCAUUCUAAACUAUUCCAAUGCUCAAUUGCGAUGGCAGGUUACGGACAUGUAGCGAUAGUGGCCAGUUGCGGAGGUAAUUCGGUGUGUAGCGAUAUCGCGUAGAAGGCAAUUGUAUUUAGGGUCGUGAUAGCGUAACAGCACAAUUUCGCGCGGUAUUGUGUGCGGAAAGCGAACAACAGGCACUUGCCUGUGCAACCGAACGUUUGGAAACAGGUUUCAGUUUUUCUAACAGUCGUGUUUUUGCUGUGCUCGCGUGGUUGCGGUCGGCACGCUAGUUGAAAUAUAUUUUAAAAUUUCUAGCGUGUGAUAACGGAGUCAUGCGGCCACGUAAGACAAUUUUACUCGUUGGUGUACUGGUCAUCUGGGUGCUGAUGACUUAUCUCGCGUUUAUGCGCUCCGUUCGGGUGACGGAUGGCUCGCGGCCCAGACCCGCAGUCGCCAACAAACUGAUGCUGGAAAAGGUGCAGUAUUUUGAGCAGAAUCUGAAGGUUUUUUCGGAGAACCGACAGAAUCUGUACCGCGAUAUUAUAAACAUCUUGAGGCGAGAGGACAAAGUGCCAAGCGCUCCAGCACAGGUCAUUCCCACUGUACCAUCCCAAGAAUCUCCGGGAUCCGUAGUUGACAAUGAUGCCAAGGCAAAAGAGAGAAAUGCGGAGUUCGAAGAAGAUGCAAAAGGUGUCCUCGGUGUACCUGCUCCACUGGCACCGAUACCAGAGGCGGAAGACGGGCGACCAGAAGUAGAACGGGUUCUGAGCAAGUUUCAACAACGUUAUCUCAACAAUGAUCCAGCUUUUCCGGUGAUCCCAGUAGUUGUGUUUGCUUGUAACCGCAUCUCAGUCAACAAGUGUUUGGACGAUCUGAUACGCUAUCGGCCAAGCGCAGAACAGUUCCCCAUUAUUGUUUCGCAAGAUUGUGAUGAUGAAGCGACUAGGAACACGAUCCUAUCGUACCGCGACGAGGUGACGCUUAUACAGCAACCGGAUCAGUCGGACAUUCCCGUGCCACCGAAAGAGAAAAAGUACAAGGGUUAUUACAAAAUUUCGCGCCACUACGGUUGGGCGCUGCGGGCAGUGUUUGGGCAAGGGUUUGAUUCGGUUAUACUCGUCGAAGACGAUCUCAGUGUGGCACCGGACUUUUACGAAUAUUUCCUCGGCACCUAUCCAAUUUUGAAGCGCGACAAAUCAUUAUGGUGUGUAUCGGCAUGGAACGACAAUGGAAAGGAAGGUUUAAUCGAUAGCACGGCACACGAUCUCCUAUACCGGUCCGACUUCUUCCCCGGGCUGGGCUGGAUGAUGACGAAGGAUCUGUGGGACGAGUUGGAACCCAAGUGGCCGAAAGCAUUUUGGGAUGAUUGGAUUCGGCAGCCGGAACAGCGCAAAGAACGGGCCUGUAUACGACCCGAACUGCCACGAACGAGAACGUUCGGCAAGAUAGGUGUAUCCAAUGGUCUCUUUUUCGACAAACAUCUGAAGUAUAUCAAGCUAAGCGAAGAAUUUGUCAGCUUCACCAAAAGCAAUCUAUCCUACUUAGUGAAGUCUGCUUACGAUGACGCGUUCUCAAAAACCGUCUACCAAAGUCCGGUGGUAACAUUGGAUGAACUGAAGCGUGGUAUGGUAAUGAUCCGAGAACCGAUCCGCAUAGCCUACCAGACCAAAGAACAAUAUAAACGAGCCACCAAGAACCUCGGUCUAAUGGACGAUUUUAAGAGCGGCGUACCACGAACGGCUUACCGAGGUAUAGUUUCGUUUUUCUACAACGGGCAGCGGGUUUACCUAGCGCCCAGUAGGAAUUGGAAGGGGUAUGAUCUCACCUGGAGUUAACAGAGCGCUCCACUGCCCAGCUUGAUCUAGCGGCGCAGCAUUGUUUUCGUUUUGCUGCGCAACCUGUUUCGAGGUGCAUUUGCUUCCGUGAAGAACUGACUUUUCUCUUACACACUCGCGGGAGAAGUGAAACACAUAAUUUGGUGGCAUUUGUUUUAUUUUGUUUUAGCGUAAAUGUUGAGGUACGAUUAAUUUUUGUCAUAGAUUUCAAAGCUCCACGGCACAGGUGCAUUUGCGUAGUUUUAACCAACGUUUAGCUGUUUUUUGUUUGACGAUUGCUACAACACCGAUUCAAUUGGCAUCACAAUUGGUUCCUUGUUAUGGUAAUCAUUUUAGGUGCAUUUUUAGCGAAACAGGAAAACACGUGUGAAUCAUUCCUAUGCUCUAAGUACUUGCAGAUAAUUUAGUUAUUUGAAAAAUGGUCUCCAAAUAAAAAUCGGCACAAUCCCAAUCCACAACAUUGUGAAGCUGAAGUAGGAAAUGAUGAAGAUGAUGAGAUUGAAAUAAUCGAUUCGAUCGAUCGAUACAGUUAAGUUGCUUGAGUUAAGAAAAUCAAAAUGCAAUUUUACUAAUUUGUUUCAAUGAAACGACCUUACGAAAACAUUUCAAAAGUAAUUAUUUUCAAGAGUUUUAAAUAUUUAUAGUACCAAGUUAAACCACAUAACUGUAAUGCCUACGUUCUUCUGUUAACUAACACACUAUCAAACACAGUUCCUCGCUACUGCUUCUAUCUAUGUUCCUUUUACGUGCAAAGUCUUGCAACUUCUGUAACACAAAGUCUUUUGUUUCUUGUUACUCUGUCGAAUCGCUAAACAGUAAUUUGUGAUGCAGUCUAGGACAACCAAUAGAUUGUAAGAAGGUACAUACGAAGUACACACAUACUGCAUGUGCGCUGCAGCAGCUAGUCAAAUGAUUGUUUGUGUAAAUGUGAUUAUGUGGGGAACAAUGGCCCACACAAUGGUCGCCGUAGUGCAGCUCAAACAAAAAAAAAAGGUAGAGCAAGGUAAGAUCGAACACAAAAUUUGCGUCACAAAAAAAAAAUCGAAAAAGCAAUACAUUUCGGCUCCUUCGUUUAGAAAAUGUGUGUGAGGUUUUCAGAAAAAUCAUAAAUUAAAGCAAGAAACGAAAAAUUCAUGACGUAAAUAUGAUAAUAGAAGCUAACAUUAGUCACUGGUGUAUGUUGCUAGAGGAGUAAAGGACAGCAAUGCAUGAAUGAUCAUUAUAAUGCUAUAAGGGAUAACAAUCUCGAUGUUCGAUGGUGAUACUAACGUCACCCACUGCAUGCUACGCGUUUGGCGUGGUUUCUGUAAAUAAGCAAAUUGAUCUAAAGUAGCAUUUUUAAAUAUUAGUAAAAAUAAAAUCAAACACCGGAACUGUACGUGUCAAAUAGCACUCGAUUUGAGUAAGGAGUAAAUCAUUUAUUUGAAACAAUGAUCGCAACAAUCAUUAGUAAAGGAGCACGAAUUAAAAAGAAAAUACCCAAACGAAAUGUGUUUCUGUCCACUGAACUAAAUGGAGACAUCAGACCGCCGACACUCUGAGAAACACAUCAACUGUGUCAAACAUUGUAAAUAAAUUAGCUCUUUGUA